AUGAAUAUUUUUUGUGGAUUGUUAUAUAAGCAUAAUUCUUUUAAGCAAAAUAUUUUUAAUACUGUUAAUCAUAAGUCUAUUGCUGGUUUAGGUGGAUCUAUUUUUUCUGUUUUUAUGCGUGUUGAAUUAUCUUGUCCUGGGGGUUUUUUAUUAAGCGGUUCUGGUCAAAUUUAUAAUUCUAUUUUAACUAUACAUGGUAUUUUGAUGAUUUUUUUUAUAGUUAUACCUAUUUUAAUUGGUGGUUUUGGUAAUUGA